AUGGCACUCGUCCUCCUCCUGACUUCCUUCAUCUCCAUCCUCCUCACCCUCCUCUUCCUCGUCUCCUUCUGGAAGCAGCAAAAGAGAUACCGCAAUCUGCCCCCGGGGCCGCCCCCAAUGCCCCUGCUGGGGAACCCCUUUUAUUUGACAAAGAACGCCGCCUCCAGAUACUACCCCGAGCUCAGUAAGAAAUACGGCCCCGCGUUCACCCUCUGGAAGAUGAGGAGCCCGACCGUUGUCCUCUGCGGGUACGAGGUGGUGAAGGACGCCCUCGUGAAUCACGGCGAGGAGUUCAGCGGCCGCCCCAAAUACCCUACGCAGGACGUGUACAGCGGGGGAUACAGUUUCUUAAGCGCCAGUCUGACGUGGCGGCCGUUCCGACGCUUCAUUUUAUCUUCUCUGCGUAACGCUGGCGUCGGGAGGAAGAUCAUGGAAGAUCGAGUUCUGGAAGAGGCUGAUUCUCUCAUACAAGCUACAGCCAAGAAAGCCGGGCAGCCCUUUGACCCCAUGCAUGUCCUGACCCUCGCUGUCACCAACAUCAUGAGCUCAAUCGUGUUCGGGGAGAAGUGUGAAUAUCAGGAUAAGAAGCUGCAUCACCUGAUACAGACCACAAGGAGACAUUCCAGCAACAUACGCUCUAUGUUUCACGAGAUCUGCAACUUGUUUCCCGUUCUCCUGAAGCUGCCGACCAUCAAAGAUAAGUUGUGUAAAGAAGUGGGCGAGCUGGGGACCCUCGUCCAGGAUCAGGUGCACUUCCACGAGCAUGCUCUGGACCACAGCAACCCCCGGGACUUUACCGACUAUUUCCUGUUGAAGAUGAAAGAGGAGCCGGGAGCCGGCAGCAUCUUCAACAAACUCAGCCUACAGAUGUUAACGAACAGCCUGCUGGUUGGGGCCAUGGACACCACCCCGACUACACUGAAGUUCUUUCUCGUUCUGAUGGCCCACUUGCCCCACAUCCAGGAAAAGGUCCAGAGAGAGAUUGAUGAGGUCGUCGGGCCCCAGCGCCUUCCCGGGGUCACAGACAGAGCCCAGCUGCCGUACACCAACGCCGUGAUCCACGAGUGUCAGCGGGUGCUGGAUCUGGCGCCAAUCAGCCAUUACCACGUGCUUACCACGGACACUCAGUUCAGAGGGUUCACCCUCCCCAAGGGCACCAGAGUCAUCCCGUUCCUCUCCUCGGUGCUGACUGAUCCCACCCAAUGGGAGACCCCUGAGGAGUUCAACCCAGGGCAUUUCCUGGACGAUGAGGGGCUCUUCCUGACAAAAUCGGCUUUCAUGGUAUUCUCUGCAGGGAAGCGCGCAUGUCUCGGGGAGCCCUUGGCUCGGCUGGAGCUCUUCCUCUUCUUCUCCGCUCUGCUCCAGAGAUUCACCUUCCGCCUGCCCCCGGGUUCUGAGCCGUACGACCUGAAAUCUCUGAAAAGCCGAAAAGCAGCGCUCAUUGGGACCGCCGAGCUGUGUGCCGUCCCUCGCUCGGUGGUCUCCAACUGACCAUGUCCUCAUCAGAGACCACCGCCACUGCCCAUAAC